UAGAGGGCACAUUUCAACCGAUUAGUUUUCUGAGCCCCUUUUUCUUGUUCAAAGGCCAUUAUGAUACGGGCUGAUUAAGCAGUAGUACUUGGACAAAUUAGUCUCACUUGGAGAUAUUCAACCCGUGGUGAGAAUGUUUCUGCAAGGGCUGUGUAUUCUAAGCUUCACCACAGUUGUACUCUCCCUGUCACCUGAGGAAGAAGCCAGGAAAUUUCUGGAGAAGUUUAAUGCAGAUGCUGUACUGGUGGUCUAUGAAUCUUCAAAGGCAUCGUGGAACUACAAUGUCAAUAUCACCCAGGAAAACGCAGAAAAGAUGAACAAGGCAGGUGCUAUAUGGUCUCAGUUUUACCAACAAGCUUCUGAUAAUGCCAGCAAGAUUGACCUCACCGAGAUAAAGGAUGCAGCAAUCAAACAACAACUGGAAAUGCUUCGAGACAAAGGAUCUGGCAUUUUAUCCACAGACGAUUAUAACCUCCUGAAUAAUAUUCUGAAUAAUAUGAGCACAAUCUAUGGCACUGGAACCGUCUGCUAUCCAGAUCAACAUUCCAACUGCUUGGAACUAGAUCCAGAGUUGACUAAUCUAAUGGCCCAAAGCAGAAACUAUAACGAGAGGCUGUGGGCCUGGGAAGGCUGGCGAGUUAAUGUGGGGAAGAAACUCAGACCACUUUAUGAGCAAUACGUCGUUCUGAAGAACAAGGCUGCCAAGCUGAAUGGAUAUGAGGAUUAUGGUGACUACUGGAGACAUAACUAUGAAACCACUGGCACGGGAAAGUUUGCAUACACCUCCAAUGAGCUGAUGACAGAUGUGGAACGGCUGCUCAAAGAGAUAAUGCCACUAUACAAGGAACUGCACGCGUACGUACGAGCAAAGCUCAGAGAUACCUUCGGUCCACAACGUAUCAGUCCAACAGGAUGCCUCCCUGCUCAUUUACUGGGUGACAUGUGGGGAAGAUUUUGGGGAAACCUAUAUAAUUGGUCAAUUCCAUUUCCAGAACAGAAAGAUAUAGAUGUGACAUCUGCAAUGGUAAAUAAGAAUUGGGAUCCAACAAGGAUGUUUCGGGAGGCUGAUGAAUUCUUCCAGUCUUUGGGCCUCAAAGCAAUGAAUAGCAACUUCUGGAACCACUCCAUGAUCGAGAAACCUACUGAUGGCCGUAAAGUUAUCUGUCAUCCAACAGCUUGGGAUAUGGGCAAUGGAAAGGACUUCAGGAUUAAAAUGUGCACUAAGGUUAACAUGGAAGACUUCCUAACUGUCCACCAUGAAAUGGGACAUAUUCAAUACGACAUGGAGUAUGCGAACCAACCAUACUUAUUCCGAAACGGAGCCAAUGAGGGUUUCCAUGAGGCUGUUGGUGAGAUCAUGUCACUCUCUGCAGCCACCCCAAAGCACCUGAAAUCUCUGGGCCUUCUUUCGGACUCUUUUAUUGAAAAUAAAGAAAUUGACAUCAAUUUCCUGCUGAGGCAAGCCCUGACUAUUGUCGGCACUUUGCCUUUCACUUUCAUGAUGGAGCAAUGGAGAUGGAAAAUAUUCAGAGGAGAAAUACCCAAAGAUCAGUGGAUGAAAAAGUUCUGGGAAAUGAAACGAGAGAUUGUUGGUGUUGUGGAGCCCCUCCCCCAUGAUGAAACCUACUGUGAUCCAGCUGCACUGUUCCAUAUCGCCAAUGACUACUCCUUCAUAAGGUACUUCACCAGGACCAUCUACCAAUUCCAGUUCCAUGAAGCACUGUGUGAAACUGCAAACCAAGUUGGUGAACUGUACAAGUGUGAUAUCACUAAUGCCACAAAAGCAGGCACAAAGCUCAGUAACAUGCUCAAACUCGGGAGCUCCAAACCAUGGACCGAGGCACUUUGGCAAGUAACUGGGCAGACCAGAAUGAAUGCCACACCUCUCCUGAACUACUUUAAACCCUUAUAUACUUGGCUGAAGAAAGAUAAUCAAAACAGUGCUAGAGUUGUUGGCUGGGACACCAAUUGGAGCCCAUAUCAAAAAGAUUCAUUUAAAGUACGGAUUAGUCUGAAAGCUGCCCUCGGAGAAAAUGCUUAUACGUGGGAUUCAAGUGAAAAGUACUUUUUCCAAUCAACUGUGGCAUUUUCAAUGAGAAAAUACUGGCAAGAAUCUAAAGACCAACCUUCCAACUUUGUGGCAUUUGAUAAAGACCCUCAUUCUGGAUUUAUUGGGAUACAGUGGCUGAGAUUAUUAAAGAAACAACAAUACCUGGAGAAGGAAUUGACGUUGAAAAUGGAAUUGGAUAGGAAGAUUAUGGAAUGGGAUCCCCAGGAAUUAAAUUAAAUUGUGUUCAAGGAUCUUUUUCUAAUAAAAUUAUUGAUGAUACAAAACUUGACAAUAUAAUAAUGAUAAAUAUAUUAUCAGCCGACCAUGAGGGAAAGAAGUUCAAGGCAUGGGCAGGCAUUUAGGAGAAACAGUUUAAAUGGCACUUUGGAAGAAAAAGAGGGUAUUGUUAUCAAAAUUUACAAGGGGAUCUUGAUCAGCUGGGUAAAUGGACUGAAGAACGACAAAUGGUGUUAAAUCCAGAUAAAAUUUAAACUGUUUAAUUUUUGAAGGGAGAUUCAGUGGCUGCAGAAAAGUCAUCAGAAUCGUGUGUUGCCUCCCGCUGCCAGGGUCAAACAUAUUUCCGGACGGCUGCAGAUAUAGUUCUUGGGGAGAGGAUGAACUACCACAGAUUGGUACAAAGAAUGAGGGCCUGUAGAAUGAGCAUAGGAAUUAAGAAAUUAAAAUACAAGACCUCGAGGGGAGUGACCUCUGGUGCCACAUAAAAUGGGCCAGAUGAAUGCAGGGCUGAAAAGUUUGUCCAGGGAGCAGGGAUUCGAGUUUUUCAGUAAUUUGGAUCUCUUCUAGGGUAGGGGUGACAGGCAGCUAUAGAGACCUUGAUUGUUCAAGACAUCAAAGGUUUGGGGGAGAAGGCAGGAGAAUGGGGUUGAGAGGGAUAAGAAAUCAGCCAAGGUGGAAUGAUGGAGCUGACUCGAUGGGUCGAAUGUGCUAAUUCUGCUCCUAUGUCUUAUGGUCCUAUAGUCUUAUUUUCUCCUCCAGAAUGUCUUUGGUAGUCCCUCAUCAGUGACAUUGGUGUGUAGUUAUCAAGUUUAUUAUUUAUGUCUUUUCUGAAUGAGGUACCAUGUUCUUUAACAUGCUUCCACAUCCAGGGAAGACUGGAGCAUGAAAUUUGAUUUUGUGCUGUUUCCAUCUCUGCCUUUCUCAGUACCUUAUAAUGUAUCUGUCCAGACCAGAUGACUUGUAAGUUAACCAAUUAAUUUAACCUUUCCUCUCAAUCUACAUUUAUUUGAUCCAAUCUUUUCCUUGCCCUCCCAUUGUAACAAUCAUCCUUUUUUAGUGUAGAUAAAUAUCUAGCCAAUACCUCAGUCAUGCCCUUUGCCUCUGCAAGAUGGUAUCCCUCAUUGGCCCAACAUUCUUUUAACCACGUUUUACUUUUCAACCGCGUACAAAAUGCACUUUAUAAUAUCUGGUGAUGUGGCCUUAGACUAUGUUUUGUCCUUAAAUCCAGGCCAUUCUUGUUGUUCAUUAUCAAUCGUUAUUUCACUGUUCCCAUGGAGUAAGACUGUGUUGACAUUACAAUGUACUGCAUAGUUUCUGAUCCAUCUGCAGAUUCACAGUAGAAAUGGGUGAUAGUAGAUUUGCCUCAGAGUCUGGGUGCAGUGAAAUAGAUAAUAGAGACCAAGAAUUGCUGGGAAGGAGUGGAAGGAAUUUCAGCUUCACUGUUACCUGCAGCAGUGCCAGUGUAUGGCACUCUCUGGCAAGUUGCCACCUCACUCCAUGCACACAGGCUUGCAGAUACACAGGGUGUGAAGAUUCCUCUUCCUGCCAAACCAGUCCCUGAGCUGGCAGCCAGGUAGGCUGUUACUGCGCAGCCUCUACUUGAAGUUCCACUGGGUUCUCAUGUUUGCAAACUUUGCUCUAAUUUCACAUCUCACAUAAAGCAAAGCCCAGGUAUCAGGCUAGAGUCUGCGCUCAGGCUUCAGGAAGGAACUUGAACAUGUAACGUGAUUCCAUACUGAGUGAGCUGCUACAUGAGCUCAGGCCAGUCUGUCUGAAUCCAGUUUGUGAUUGGAGCAGGCUGUUGGUCACUCCCACAAAUACUGCCUUCAGUUUGCAGUCUAACCAGUGUACAUAUAUGAGUAUAUGGAGAAUGUGAGGGAGAUAGACUACCAAUUUUAAUCAAU